ACGUGGUGCCUCUGAACGGAAGGGGGGCCCCUCGUGUCGGGAGCGAGAAGGGGGUGGCCUUGCUGCCAAAGCUGUCGUUAUCGCGAUUAUCGCGGCAUUUACCACGAAUUUUGAUUGCUAUGAUUGUGUAAACUCACGUAAUGGAUCUCCAGCCCCUGCCGUCCAUCGUUCACUAAGAGUUUAACCGACCGCAAGACCCUUCGACUAUGUUCACACCGUCUGGCAAGCCAGCGCGGGGCCCCACUCUGAUCCCGCGGAUGAAGAGCAAGCACAGGAUGUACUACGUCGCCCUCUUCUCGCUGCUGCUGCUCGGGCUCCUCUCCACGGGCAUCCUGCAGUUCUGGCCGCGGCGCGGCGGGGAGGCCGAGGGUCGCACCGCGGCUGAGCAGCGCGACAUCAACGAUGUUCCCGUCAUUGGCCUCGGCGACUACAGCCCCAUCCCGGAGCGAGGAGACCUCAGCUGCCGCAUGCACACGUGCUUCGACGUCUACCGGUGCGGACACAACGCCCGCAACAAGAUCCGGGUGUACAUCUACCCACUGGUGCGCUACGUGGACGAGCGGGAUGCCACCGUGGCGCACGUGAUCUCGCGCGAGUUCAACGACAUGCUAGCGGCCGUGUCGGAGAGCGAGUUCUACACGGACGACCCCAACCGCGCCUGCCUCCUGCUGCCAUCGCUCGACUUCCUCAGUCAGGACCGCCUCAAGGUCAAGGAGAUGGCGCAGGUGCUGGCACAACUACCCGGAUGGAAUCGAGGGACAAACCAUUUGCUGUUCAACAUGCUGCCAGGCAGCGUUCCAGAGUACAACACAGCCUUGGAUGUUCCCAGAGACAGGGCUAUACUGGCUGGCGGUGGUUUCUCGACAUGGACGUACAGGCAUGGCUACGAUGUCAGCAUUCCCGUAUUCAGUGCUUUCUCCACGGAGGUGAACCUUCACGUCAAACCCCCGGGGUACCGCGCCUGGUUUGUGGUAUCGGCGCAAGUUGGGCUCCACAUGGAGCACCGUGCAGAGCUGGAGACGGUGGAGGCAGAUAACGGAGAGCAGAUGCUGCUGCUGGAGCGCUGUGCCGCGCUGCCGCAGGGCUCCACGCACGCUCGCACGCGCUGCCGCAAGGACAAGACAUACAGCUACCCCGAGAUCCUGCAGGAGGCUACGUUCUGCGUGGUGCUGCGGAGGGCUCGGCUGGGCCAGUCGGCGCUUAGCGACGUCAUGCAGGCCGGCUGCAUUCCCGUGAUCUUCGCCGACUCCUACGUGCUGCCGUUCUCCAAUGUGCUCGACUGGAAGAGAGCAUCGGUGGUGCUACCAGAGGAGAAAAUCCCUGAAAUGUACAACAUCCUGAAGACCAUUCCCCACAAGCAGAUUGUGGACAUGCAAAGACAAGUGAAAUUCUACUGGGAGAUGUACUUCAGCUCAGUCAAGGUCAUCGUCCUGAGCACCCUGCAGAUCAUCAACGACCGCGUUUACCCUUACGCAGCCCGCUCCUAUGAGGAGUGGAACGAUCCACCCGAGAUGAGGUGGAGCGGUGUGAACAACCCGCUCUUCCUGCCACUCAUCCCGCCACGGAGCCAGGGCUUCACGGCGGUGGUGCUCACGUACGACCGCGUCGAAAGCCUCUUCCGCGUCAUCACCGAGAUCGCCAAGACGCCCAGCCUCUCCAAGGUGCUCGUCGUCUGGAACAACCAGAACAAGAGCCCGCCCGCAGAACCCUUGUGGCCUCGCAUCACGGUGCCUCUCAAGGUGGUGCAGACAACGGAAAACAAGCUGAGCAACCGCUUCUUUCCCUACGAGGAGAUCGAGACGGAGGCCGUGCUCGCCAUCGACGAUGACAUCAUCAUGCUUACGCCCGACGAGUUGCAGUUUGGAUACGAAGUGUGGAGGGAGUUCCCAGACCGCCUCGUGGGCUAUCCUGGCCGCCUGCACCUCUGGGACCACGAGGCCGCCAAGUGGAAGUACGAGUCCGAGUGGACGAACGAGGUGUCCAUGGUGCUCACCGGAGCUGCCUUCUACCACAAGUAUUUCAACUACCUAUACACCUACAAAAUGCCUGGCGAUAUCAAAGGCUGGGUCGAUAACCACAUGAACUGUGAGGACAUUGCCAUGAACUUCCUGGUGUCGAACGUCACUGGGAAACCUCCCAUCAAGGUGACCCCGCGGAAGAAGUUCAAGUGCCCAGAGUGCACGGCGAUUGAUGGGCUGUCCCUGGACCAGACCCAUAUGGUGGAGCGGUCGGAGUGCAUCAACAAGUUUGCGUCGGUGUUCGAGACGAUGCCCCUCAAGACCGUUGAACACCGAGCGGAUCCAGUCCUCUACAAAGACGACUUCCCUGAAAAACUCAAAAGCUUCCCCAACAUCGGAAGCCUAUAAUGCGACCAUUGCACGCGCGCGUGACUUUGUAAAGUUCCACUGGAUUUUUACUCCCCGUCGGUUUAUGUAUAUUUUUCACAAACUCAGUCAUUCCCCCCCUCCCCCCUUAUGUUGUAGUUUCACAUUUCAUACCCAUUAGAACGCUCCUUAAAUUAAAAUAAAAUGAAUCUUGUCCACUUUGUAAAAUGAAGUUGCCGAACAUAUGCAUACUAAUUGUUUCGAGGAUGGACGUUACAAGUAAUGUAAGCGCCUGUUCAUGUUAUUACUGCGGGCAAAAACGGACGCGCGGGUGUAAUAUAUGUGAAGCACAUGCAAAUGUGUCCCUACACUCAUUUAGCUUUCUCGUGCACAUUCGUUUGGGCUAUUUUACAACACGUUUAAAUGGUACGGGGUUUAAAUAAUAAUAAAAUGGUGGCAUCAAAAUUUGUUAAUGUGAAGGUGAAGUUACGUGUCAGAUUUUUUAUUAACGCUAUAUGGAAACGUGCCCAUUGAUGUUAACCUCCACAGGCAGAGUCGAAUCGAACCAAACACCAGGUUUGAGCGUUAUUGUUCAUAACCAAAAACUGAAAUGUUUUUUUGGUGCUCCGGAAUAAAUAAAAAAAAUCCCCAAAAAUGUUUUGCAGUUGCCAUUUUAACCGGUUCAAUAAAUGGAUAUAUUGUGCUUUGCAGCAACUUUGCUAUUUGAAGAAAAUAUGUUUUUUCACAAUCGGUUUUACAAAGGCGAGAUUUAACAUUACCUGCAGGCUACAGCGAUCAU